CAGCAAUGUUUUACAACCACUAAUCCUGCGACACCGCAAGACUACUACUAUCAUCAGUUAAACAACGUUCGGACAGACUUGCGCAGCAUCAACUUGAACAUCUGCUCACACUCCAACCAAAUCACCGAGCGCUGUCCGGUCUUGAGGCUGCCUCUACUCAUCUUCCAUCCCGACAAUCCCAAUGGCCGCAACCAUGUCUCAACCAUGCUUCUCAGCAAGCACAUCCUCAUUCCGAGCGUCCCAGUCACAACACGCCCCAAUGCCAUAUUCAGACGACCCUUUAACUCAACUGCCGGCGGUGGACUUCAAAUUCGAUGAUUUGCGCAAACGCAUGGCGGAAUUCACCGUUAAAUUUGACGCCUUUAUUGAACAAGGGAGGAAACGCGUGCUAGAAGAGAGGAACGAGUUUCGCGCGCGUCUAGGAGAAUUACACGAGGAACAACGGUCCGCAACCACGCAUAUCGCAAGCCUCCAAUCAACACUCUCAACACACAACCACGUCCUCGCACGGGAACAAGCCGAGAAGAACGAAAUGCACGCACAAAUCUCGAAACUCGAAGCCCAUCAAGCCAACCAGGCCGCAUCGCGCGACCGAUUGAAGAAUGCAAUUGCCCAAACGCAGCGGCAGAUCGAGGUCAAGCUAGCAGCGCAACGGGAAUACGCGGCCAAAAUGGACAAGCAGAGCCGGUUGAAUGGGCCGGAACUGAAUUUCUGGGAAACAUAUCUGGGUUGUCGGAUCGAGGGGAGUGGGGAUGAAAAUAAAGUCCGGAUCGUGUUUAUGUUUCCGCCUCUCAAGGGAGGGAACAAUGGUGGUGCUGCCGAUGAGAGGGAGGCCGUGUUUGAGUUACUGGUUCCGGCGACCUCGACGGGGAAGUACUCUGUUGUUUACAUGAAGCCGAGGUUGGAUUCUGGCAAGGUUGAGAAGGUGGUGGAUCGGUUGAAUGAGACCAGGGAGAUUGCUACUUUGCUUAAGGGAAUGAGGUCGUUGUUUGCGGAUGCGAUGCGAUGAAAUGAUGAUAAUUAUGAUGUUGGAAUAGCGCAAACUGGGCUGGAUAAGACUUUGCGAAUGAAGAUUGGAUACCUUACCGUCCAGUUGUCACAACUGCGUCUGAAAGUGACACUAUUUUUGGUGCAAUGUGGUCUAUUUGCCGUACCUAGGCACCUGGGUGCUAUCCAACUUGAAGGUAUACCUAAUGUAGGCGCUGGGGAGCUGCUGUUGCAGUUCCCGUAUGCCAGCACAUCGUUGCAUGUAAGAAAGACACUUGGUCCCAAUCAGCGGUUGACCUGAACAAGAACCGUUCGGUACCUAGGUAGCCAUUCAGCGAUGUUGGAAUACUUUUUG